AUGGCUUAUGCGGCCGUAGUUUCCCUUAAGCACACAAUCGAGCAACUGCUGAGCAAUGACGAAACCAAAGACGUUCUUUCACUCUCGGAAACAAUGCUUAUCUAUAAUGAGCUUCCUCACUUGAUUUCAUUCCUCAAAACAAUCAAAUCCCUUCCUAACAACAAGAUAGUUGACCCGGCUUCGGAGAAACGAGUCAAAGAUGCCGCACAGAAACUCGAGGAUCUGAUCGACUCCCUUGUAUCGGACUUAUUUCUCUCUGAAUCUAAAAGAAGCAUCUCUGCAGAUGAGAUUAGUCUCAAUUUUUCUUUCUCCCAACAACUGCAAAAUGUCAACGAAGAAGUUGCCACAACACUGGCGGGCAUGACUGGCAUUGGUAAGACUACGCUUGCUAAACAAGUUUACAUUGAUCCACUUGUUAUCGAGAAGUUCGAAAUUCGUUUAUUUGUGCACAUCGGCCCACAAUAUAGUCAAUCAGAAGAAAUUGUGCUGCUUGUUCUCGAUCAACUUGGAGUCGUCGUCCCCUCUGAUAAACUAGUUGAUCACAAAAACAAGGAUUACUUGACUCAACAAUUGCGGAAGGCUUUAUCCAGUAAAAAGUAUCUAAUUGUGUUAGACGAUAUCCAACGAUACUUGAAGCGACCCAACGUUUUCCUAUUACCAUUGCUCAAUGAGAGCAAAAGUUGGAAGCUACUUCAUCAGACGGCAUUUGGUAAUAGUGAAGAAAAGUGCAGUCGAGAACUGGAGUUAAUCGGGAAGAAAAUCGCAAGAAACUGUGACGGACUCCCUGCUCCAAUUAUACAGGUUGGAGAGAACCUUCGUGGAAAAUCUUUCCAAGAAAGGAAGGCAUUAUCAGAAAACGAAGAUCCACUCGUCAUCACAAGAGAUGAUGAUACACCCCUCUCAAAGGCACUUUAUUUUAGUUAUAUGAUGUUGCCUCAGUAUCUAAAGCUAUGCUUUCUCUAUAUGGGUGUGUUCCCAAAAUAUUAUGAGAUUUUUCAAUCCAAGCUCAUCAAAUUAUGGGUUUGUGAGGGAUUGCUCGAUCCAGAACAAAUUCUGGGUAUUUUAGACGCUGAAGGAACUGCCGGAAAGUACUUGGAUCUACUUAUUUGCCAAAGUGUUGUUUUGAGAGAAAAGCAGACCUCAUUAGAUGAUGAGAUAUCUAAGAACUGUAGACUGCAUUUCACCUUUCGGAGUCUAUGUGUUACCGAAUCUAAGAGUGAAUUUUGUUUCCAUAUCCUCAAAAAGUUCACCGAUUGUACUCCAGAGAACAUCAAAGGCCACAAGCGUCUGUGCGUCCACAAUAACAUUGUUCUUGCUUUCCCACAAGUGCACGAGUGGAUGGAAUCAGUUCCAAAUGCACGAUCUCUUCUUUGUUUCGGUCCAAAACAAAAAUAUCCAAUAGUGUUUCCCUUUAAUUUUAGAUUGCUCAAGAUAAUAGAUGCACUUGCAAUCCGCUUCUACGAGUUCCCACUUCAAAUACUUGUUUUAGUUCACUUAAGUUACCUUGCCAUCACGUGUGAUGGAAAGCUCCCCAACUCCAUAUCCAGACUCUGGAACCUUGAAAUCUUGAUUGUUUGUCGGCAUCAUAACAUCAAAUUGUCGAAUAAUUGUCCGAUUUAUCUGCCUAUAGAGAUAUGGAAAAUGAAAAAAUUGAAGCAACUUAGUUGCAUGGGCUUUGACAUGCCAGCUCCUCCUCCGGAUGAUUCUCAUCUUAUCCUUGAGAUGCUUCUAACAGUUUCAGGUGUGAGUGUUCAUAGUUGUACCAUGGAAGUGCUUUCAAGAAUCCCCAACCUAAAGAGAAUAGCCGUUCAAAUUGAGUCCGCACACGACUCAAAUGAAAACUUCAGUUUUUUCAAUCAUUUUGCCUCUCUCUAUGAGGCAUUUGAGUCGUUCAAAUGUGUCGUUGUAAAUCCCAAUCUCAAGUCUCAGAUUGUUCGUUGCAUUCCAAAUUUUCCUCAGGACAUUAGAAAACUAUGUCUGAGUGGAUGUGGAUUACCGUGGGAGAAUAUGGGAGUGAUUGCGUCAUUACCGAAUCUUACAGUGCUCACACUGAGAUGGUAUGCCUUCUGGGGCCCUGUGUGGAAAACCAAUGAAGUACAGUUCCCGAGUCUUCAGUAUCUGCUGCUGGAAGACUUGGAUAUAGAGCGUUGGGAAUUCGACGGUGAACUCUUCCCGUAUCUGGACCACGUCAUUUUUAGGCAUUGCUACAAAUUGAAAAAGAUUCAGAAUCAAUUGGAGUUUGUAAAUCGAGUAGAGGUGGAUGAUUGCAGCCUAUCGUUUGAAAAGAAAAUGCGCAAGUGGCGAUCCACUUACGAUAUUGAAGCUAAAAUUCGUUCUUCAAGUACCGAUCUGUAG